UCUUGUUGCUUUGUUGUGCAAUUUGUUAGUUUUUUGUUUUUGUUUUCUUUUUUUGACUGAUUUUCUGGGAAAGAAUGAGAGAAAAGAAAGGGAAUUGGAUUUUUAAUGUUUUAAUUUGUCUGCCUUUCUUGAGUUGUGCAUAAAUUGAUGCUUUUCUUCUUGGGUUUGGUUUGAUGUUGAUUCUUUUCUUACAAUUUUUGCUCUCUUCUGUGCAAUUUGAUCAUCAUGUGGCUUUAAUAGUUUGAAGAUUAUCUUUCUUUCUGUGGGAAAGGAAAGCUCUGGUAAUUAGAAAUGGAUUUGGGCCUAGGCAUACCUGGAGAUGGAAGAUGCUUGUUCAGGUCUGUGGUUCAUGGUGCUUGUCUGAGAGCAGGGAAACCAUCUCCAAGUGAGAGCUAUGAGAAAGAACUUGCUGAUGAGCUCAGAGCUAAAGUAGCAGAUGAAUUUAUCAAGAGGCGGGCAGACACUGAAUGGUUCCUUGAAGGUGAUUUUGACGCGUAUGUUGUAGAGAUGCGGCAGCCCCACAUAUGGGGAGGAGAACCUGAGCUGCUCAUGUCCUCUCAUGUCCUAAAGGUGCCUAUCACGGUUUACAUGUGGGAUAAGAGGACUAAUUGCCUCAAAAUUAUAGCAGAAUAUGGUCAAGAGUAUGGUAGGGAGAACCCAAUUCGUGUUCUUUAUCAUGGUUAUGGACAUUAUGAUGCAUUGCAGAGCCCUGCUUCUGGAUCAAAGUUGUACAAGAAAAGAUAGAAGGGAUGUUUGCUGGUUUUUCAUCAUGUAUGGCCAUGUAUGAAAUUAUUACAGAAUAUUAUGCUUAGAUUUGCAAUCACAUUACAAUAAUAUUUUCAAAAGCUCUUAAGGGACAUGAUUGUGAAUUAAUACAAAGCAUGAGAUUAUGGAAGUCUUAGAUGUCAUUACUCAAAAAUGUAGUCAUCCCCAUUUUUAUUUUUUUAUGUUUGCUGUCUUUUCAUAAAUCCCUCGAUUUUUAACCUAAUUAUAUACACGUCUAUUCAAACUUGAAAGGUUCAAGGAGCACAAAUCACACCACUAAUAUAUGAGAUAGAGAAAGUGUGUUA